AUGGUCUCUAACCUCGGCGAAAGUGGUCUUCCUCCUGUAGCUGUUGAUCUUUCUUCCCAUUCCCCUUCAGCUUCCUCGUCCUUUUCCCCUGCUCAUCAAUCAUUUCCUGCUUCUGAAGUCCAUGAUGCUCUCGGCCAUUCCCAUCAUGAUCCACGGCCAACAAAGCGUCAAAAAACACAAGCAUGUCUGCGAUGUAGGAGGCGCAAGCAAAAAUGUGACUACCGCAAGCCCUGCGGUAAUUGCGUCAAGGCUGACGAGCAAUGCUUCGCUGCGUCUUCUUCUACUUCUACCCGCCCAAUUGCAGAAGGUCCAAUCCAAGAUCGUGUCGACCGAUCAGCUGAGAUGGCUGCCCUUGAUGAGCGCAUCUCCCGAAUUGAGCAGAUGACACAGCGAUCGAGCCUGAGAACUGACCCUGGCGAAUCUGAUAGCUCCCAGGCUCAUGUCCAGCAAAUGCCAGCUCUUGACGCCACUGCUGCAUCGCCUUCCAUCCUGGCGGACACAUCGCAUUUGUCAAGGAGUACACCGGCCAUGGCACUACUGGCUGCUUUUGCGGCACCAAUCUCGGAAAUCGGUUCGCCUAGUGUCACAGCAGAUGCCAUACAAAGAACUUGUCCCCAAGGAGAGCUCGACGAUAUGGUUGACAGUGCGACAGAGGAAACACUAUUCAGCAUCUACAAUGACAAAGUUCAAUGGCGAUACCCUUUUCUCCGCCUUUAUCAGCUUAGAAACCGCCACGAGCGAUCGUCUGAACCUUGUACCCUAUUCUUUAUCAGCAUGAUCUACUCGAUCAGUCUGUUACUAGGGAAGAGCGGUCCAAACCUCUUUUCUGGACUGAAGCAGGAAGAUUUCUACAGCAAAGCCGUCACGCAAUAUCUCGCGCAUGUCUUCAAGGAGCCUGACCAGUUGCUCCACAUACAAGCAUAUCUGAUCAUUGCCAUGCAUGCUAUCUACUCGCCUUCAACAGAGCGCAUUAUUACGAUCACAUCAGCCGCCAUGAGGUACUGCGUCAUGGCUCAGCUGCACUGUGAUUCUGCCGAGCCCGCUCCUGUCGACGUUGCUGCCCGUAUUCGAAUUCAGCUUCGUCGGCGCAUCUUCUGGUGUACCUACAAACUUGAUCGGACGGUUGGUGGGACGUAUCACCUGCCCAUGUCCAUUCCAGACUCCCAGAUCAGCGUCAAGAUGUACGCCAACAUUGACGAUAUGGAGCUCGAUGAUAGAUGUAAUAACGCAUUUCCCGAUGAAGUCCAGGGAGUUUCUCGCUUCACGGAUGUGUCAGCGGCUCUGCAUGUUGUCUAUUGUCGCCAAAUCCAAAGCGAAAUUCUCAACUCUACGCUCCAUCGCGAUUACAGCCAACAUCUUGAUCAGAAUGAUGGUUGGCGCCUUCGGGUCCUGGAAAAGCUUGAUCGGUGGAGAUCACUCUGGGAUCGAUAUGCCGACACUCCGUCGCAAAACCUUGCAGGCAGUGACUGGAUCAACAUGAUGUACAGCUACAGUCUCAGCAUGCUCUAUCAACCCACCAAGACUUCAGUCUUCUACUCAGCAGGGACCUGGACCGUCAAAGCCUGUAUGCAAGCGUGUCUCAUAUUCCGAAAGUUUCAAAAAGACACCACCGUUACCGACCUCUGGCUAGGGCUCAUUGCCCAGUUCAAGUGUGGCGUGUCUCUGCUGUAUACAUUCUUUGCUACCCCGCCUCAGAUAAGGCCAGCUAUAUACGAGCAUCCCGAUAUUCCUGAGGCUGUGAGAGCAUGCAGUAUCACUCUCACGCUCAUAGCUGAGCGUUGGCCUCAGGCUAAAUGUAUUAGAGACACCUUCGAUAUUCUUGCUCGUGAGGUUCCUCUGUUCGAGAAUGCGUUGGCUAGAACUGCCCCAGAUGGACGGAGGGUGAGACCGGAAGCUAGAAAAAGCCUCCUCUCGUUACUCCAGCAGAUCGAGCCAAUCGUUGUCCAUAGAGAUACUCUACGUAUGAUCCGGGAGAUUGCGACAGAAGACUUUCCUUUUCAUGACCAGGCGCCACAAGCUCCCGUCAUAGGCCAGGCGAACAGCACUUCGCAAGGACAUAGAUACGAUUCACCAUCACAGCAAUUGGAGAUUCCCGUCGACUUUUUCCAGCCAUUGACCCCCUCAGCCUUACAGCUGGAUGUUGCUGGGCCUGGACUUCAAAGCAUAGGAGACUCAUCCGUCGAAUUCCCUGCGUACUUUGACUUGGCAGACUAUUUAUGA